UGUUUUGUCAAUCAUAACAUUAAAUUAGUUAAUGUUUUGUUACUUAUUUUAGUGGACUUGCGCUUGCGUGGUUUGGAACCUUAAAAAAAGUUUCUCGUAGGGAAGGAGUGUUUUACGAUUGAAUUAGGAUAGAAGCUGUAAUUUUCUGUUCGAUAAUAAGUUACUUUGUUAGAAUUCACCUGGUAAUCAAAUCACCUAUCUUUAUUGGCCAAGGUGCCUGGCAUGUCUGUUGAAAGGAAACGUUUUGAAUGCUCGGCAUUACCAAAAGGAUGGCAAAGAGAGGAAGUUUUGAGAAAAAACGGUCUUUCUGCUGGAAAGGUUGAUGUAUAUUAUUACAGCCCUGAUGGGAGGAAGGUCCGGAGUAAACCCCAGCUUGCUCGUUGUCUCGGAGAUGUCAUUGAUUACGGAUCAUUUGAUUUUCGCUCUGGAAAAGUCAAUAACCUUCUAUUGCGUAAGCAGCGGAAACAGAGGUCUACCCAAGUAGAAUACAGUCGUGGAGUAAGGACCGAUGCAUCAUUGGUGCCUCCUAUUCGUCAGACAGCCUCCAUUUUCAAACAGCCUGUCACGGUAUAUAAAACGCAAGAAGGGAAGGUGAAAAACGACUUCAAACAUGGUCCUCAGGAAAAGCCUAAACAGCUGUUCUGGGAGAAGCGGUUGGAAGGUCUGCGUGCCUGUGAUGUGGACGGUCACGAGCUGUGUGCCAUGGAGCUGCCGCGCAGUCUGCGAGCUGUCGGUCCUCAUGUGACGGAGGAGACUCUGCUGCAGUCGGUGGCGACAGCGCUGCACGUCUCUAGUCAACCUGUCACCGGACAGACUGGCUCACGGACCAACCUAGAGAAGAACCCCGGCGUGUUCAUUAACCCUGAUCAGCCCCUUGUUCAGGCUUUGGCUGUGGGGGAUGAAGAUAUCAAACGACAAGAAGACCGAGUCAAUUCCGCAAGAGUGAAGCUACAAGAAGCAAUUAAGGCGAUGACUGCAUAACCACGUUCGUAAUUCCAUGUUAAGCGUAUUAUGUGAUCAAAGAGACUAUACACCCAAUGUUUUGUAUUUUAGUGUGUAACUUUAACUUUAGUAUUAUUACUUAACGAAGGUUCACAUUGAUCUGAUGUUUUUAAAUAAAUAAUUUAUUUGAUUUGCGA